UUUUUGUCCCCCAUCUCCUAUGGACUGUUGCUCUCUGACUACCCAAAACAGAAAAAAACAGGUGUGAGGAUACUAUACUGCAUAGUGCACACUGCGUAGUGCACAAGGCUGCUGAGAGGAGCUGCAGUACACUGUGACUAAUCGCCGCAUCAGCUAUUUCUGGCACGCAGGCAGCAGAGUUCACUGAAGCUGCACAAAGGUGGAACAUGAGCGCCUUCGUCACGCUUGCAACAGGCCAGAGGAUGCCCAUGGUGGGCCUCGGGACUUGGAAGAGUGCACCAGGACAGGUGAAACAGGCGGUGCUGGCAGCAUUAGACUGUGGCUACACACACAUUGACUGUGCAGCGGCAUAUGGCAAUGAACAGGAGGUGGGCGAGGCUCUGGCCUUCAGGGUCGGUCCCGGGAAGGCGUUGCGUCGUGAUCAAGUGUUUCUGACGUCCAAACUGUGGAACACCAAACAUGACCCCUCAGAUGUUGAGGAAGCAUGCAAGACCACCCUGGACCACCUGGGUGUCUCUUAUCUAGACCUCUAUCUGAUGCACUGGCCUAUGGCCUUUCAACCAGGGAAGGAGCUGAUGCCUCGACGAGAAGAUGGGAGUGUGCAUUACUCCAAUACACACUACAAAGACACAUGGGCCGCCAUGGAGGACCUCGUAGACCAAGGUCUGGUCAAGGCCAUUGGUCUGUCCAACUUUAACGCCAGACAGACCAAUAACAUCAUCAGCACAGCCAGACACAAGCCUGUGGUCAACCAGGUGGAGUGUCACCCAUAUUUGUCCCAAGUGGAUCUUCUGGCUCACUGCAGGUCAGUGGCAGUGUGUCUGACCGCCUACAGUCCUCUGGGCAGCGGGGAUCGCCCUUGGGCCUCCGCUGAUGAACCUUGUCUGCUUCAAGACCAUCGACUGGGGGAAAUAUCCAAGAGGUGCCAUAAAACACCUGCACAGAUCAUACUGCGGUGGCACCUUCAGAGGGGUGUUGUGUGCAUCCCCAAAAGUGUGACCCCCUCCAGGAUCCAGCAGAACCUGCAAGUGUUUGACUUCACACUGUCUGAGCAGGACAUGAAGCUCAUUGACUCCUUCAGUUGCAGCAACCGUUUCAUCGUACCAACAGUGGAGAUGGAUGGCAAGAGAGUUUGGAGAGAUGCUGCACAUCCUCAUUUUCCAUUCCAUGAUCUUUACUGAGGAUGAAUAAUCGUCUUGAUUGGAACCUAACUGACAUCCCCAUGAGAAUCAUUCACCCUCAAAUCAUUUCAUUCUUAACUUGGCGUGCAUAUGUAAAUUAAAUGUUCUCAGCAUAUUCAACAUCUAACUUAGGUAUAUGCUUGUAAGUCAAUUAAAUGUCUGCCCAGCAAUAUUAGGAGUCACAACCAUUUUCUUUCAUCCAUCCAUCCACUACCGCUUAUUCCCUUUUGGGGUCGCGGGGGGCGCUGGCGCCUAUCUCAGCUACAAUCGGGCGGGAGGCGGGGUACACCAUGGACAAGUCGCCAUGGGAGUGCCAACACAGACAACAUUUUCCUUCAUCAUCCAUCAAAAUAGCAGUUAACAGCGCCGCUGUGUGGUCAGUAUUAUAAUUACUCACGCACUUGUUUGGGUAAAUGUAAUCAUUUCAAACAAAGCACUAUUAACACUUUGUGAGAUUUUAUUUUCAACAAGAACCUUGACAAAUUUGUAAUACAUUAUAUGCUACUGUUUUAUUAAAAAAAAAAAAAGUAAUUUAGCAAUGUUUCUUUCCCCAUUUUCUUAGGGUCAAGCAUAGAAUCCUGCCACUAUAUGUAUCAUCAUAUACUGAAAACGAGGCCACUCGAUAAAUCCCCCCACCCCACUGGAAAAGCUCGGUAACUUCCAUUUGCAAAUAUCCCCUUGUCCCUUCCCACAACAAAGCCAGGGCAAACAACGUGGCUACAUGCUGUCUCCGAGGGAAAUCAUACAAAAAAACAGGUACACAGGAAAGAAGCACAAAGUCCUAAAAAGGUGGAAUCUGGUGAGAAUUUGUACAGGUGUUAUCCCUGUGCUGACCACUGAGGGGCAGUGUGUGACUUAUCCAUAAAGGUCGUCAUCAUUA